UCCCUGGCCCAGGGGCGGGAGCUGGCCCAGGGGAUAUAAGCAGCCCCCGAGGGGUCACCCACAGCCCCACACCCCCAGAGUCCUGCCCAGGCCCCCAGCCUUGCCGAGAUGAAGGUGCUGGCGGCCGCCCUGCUGCUGCUCUGCGCCUGCCGCCUCCAGGCCGCCCUGGUGAGGCGCGAGGUCCUGGCCGAGGAGGCCGCCCCUCCAGCCGAGGACGACUUCUUCACCCGCCACUUCCAGUCCUUCUCCGACUUCAUGACCAAGGACCUGGCCCAGAAGCUGCAGGUGGAGGAGCUGCGCAGCCAGGCCGAGGCCUACCUGGACCGAGCCAACAAGCAGCUGACGCCGCUGGCCCAGGAGCUGCGGAGCAACGUCCUCGGCCUCUUCUCCUCCCUGCUGGAGCUGGGCAAGGGCAAGGGCGAGGGGCAGCCCUGAGCCCUGCCAUGGCAGCCCCCACACCCCCCCCCCC